CCCCCCCCUUCAAGUCUGCUUUCUUUUUCUUUCUCCCCAUGAUUCUAUAAUUUAGCCUUCUGGAUGUCAUUCUCUCAGUAAUAAUGAUGUGAAAAGAAACCUAGCACUGAUAUCUUUCUUCCAUUAGGUAUCUUCUCUCCCACCUGUAGUCCAGUUUCCAUGGUCACAUCCGAAUAGGGGGCUCCCAAGCGCUUCAAUAGCUUCCGUAUAAUAAUUCUCACAAAAUAUUAAGCCAGCCCUGAUCUCUUUGUAUCACCAAACAAAUCAAUUCUCUCACAGUUAAUUAGAAGCAGAAAAAAUCUCAUCUUUCCUGCUGCUGCUGCAGAGUAUUAUCUGCCCAAGUUAAGACAUUGCCAUAACUCAGAAGGCUCAUCUCUCUCUUUUUGGUUGAAAGCAGAUCAACAAGAACCGAAAAAGAAACCGCAAACCCCAUGGUUUUUUGUUUAGCUUUCACCUCCUGCUCUUGAAGCAUCAGAAGCCAUAUGAACUAGCCUUUAAAUUCCUCUCUGCGAAGAAAUCCAUACCAAACACAAUUGAAGGCCUUGUUCUAUAUACGAGUGAAAUGAACUCCCUACUUUCAGUCUCCUUCGUGGUUCGAUUUGAUGCUAGGAAGAACUGGAGCCAUGAAAUCUCCAGUCUAUUUGCAUAAUAAACUCGUAGAAGGUCUAAAGAAAUUGUAGUUCGGCUAAGAGGGUAUUGGUGUACUUCUGAAGUGUUGUUGGAUUGAGUCAUAAUAAUAGCCAUGUUUGCUCUACAUCAUCGUCCACACCGGCUCCUCCUGGAGACAGAAUCAAGCACACAAUCUGCAGCAAAUGGAAGCAGGACGCGCAACACAUACAACAGCGAGGCCAAUUUUGAUACCAACAUGGUGAUCAUCUUGGCGGCUUUGCUUUGUGCAUUAAUUUGUGCACUUGGACUAAAUUCUAUAGUACGAUGCGCCAUACGCUGUAGCAGGAGGUUUAUUUUUGAGACUCCUGAUCAGACUGCAGCACAUAUGGCAGCAACGGGCCUCAAAAAGAGUGCAUUGCGACGAAUCCCAGUGAUUAUAUACGGGGUGGCAGGGAUACAUUUAAUUGCUACAGACUGUGCAAUAUGCCUUGGUGAGUUCAUAGGUGGUGAGAAAGUGCGAGUUUUGCCCAAUUGUAACCAUGGAUUUCAUGUUAGGUGCAUAGACACAUGGUUGGUAUCACACUCCUCCUGUCCAACUUGCCGGCAGUCACUACUUGAGCAACCAGCAAGUUCUGAUGCCACAGAAAUUGAACUUGGGAUUAGACAUCCAGGACAUGAUGUUCCUAUUGCCGGAGAUCACGAAGCUGGUUGAUCCUGCUUUGAAAGUGAUUCAACGCCAAAUCAAGAACAAACAAAAAAGGGUCUCAGUGUCUCUAUUGUUUAAUUUUUGAGAUGUUCAGUUUGUUUGUGUAAUUAUGCUUAGUGAUGUAGAUAUCUUUGCUGAAACUUCAGUGAAUGAGCUAUGUGGAGGUUUCUGAGGCAAUACUUUUUUUGUACAGGCUUUAUUAGUAGAUAAGAAAAUGAUCCUAGGAGGUUUGCCACUAGCUAUGCGUUGAAAGGCCUUGUAAUAGUAAAUGCACCAAACUUUUUGUAAUCCAAUUUAACAAAUUUCUCU